GAAUUCGUUCAUAGCCUUUCAACUUAACUAACAAACAAUUUACUGAAGGCCAACGCAUUCAACGAAGGGCUCGGUCUGCUAAACGAUUUCCCUGUGCAAAACAAAAUUACCCUAUAUCUUCAUUUUUCUUUUUUCAUUUUUCAACUCUAAACCAGUAUUUUUUCCUAGAUGUUCAGGCUCUCAAUUCCUGUUACCAAUUAUCCUCUUCUUCAGCAUUGCUUUCCGCAUAAAACACCCACACUCCUUCCACAAUUGUUAGCUUUAAAGCCAUUUUCUACCAAGAAAUUUGGUGCUUUUGAAGAAUGCAACAAAAACCUAACUGCUGCAAAUCCCCCAAAACUAGUUUAUUUCAAGAUAAAUAGUAUUAGGGAAGAGUCGAACAAAAACCCAACUGCUACAAAUCCCUCAAAUCAGUUUUCUGCCAAUAUAUAUGGUAGUAUGGGGGAAUCAAGCCAAAAUCAAACUGAUAGAAAUCCUCAAUUAAGCACAGAAACGGAUUUUCCAAAACCUAUAACAGCUCCUCCUCCUAAGCAUUCUAAACAAAUCGAAUUUGAUCGAGCAAUGUGUGCGGAAGCAGCUGUUAAAGCAGGGCCCGCUCUAACCAAAAAUGAAAUCAUUUACGAGGAUGACUGGCUGAUUGCUGUCAAUAAACCCUCAGGUGUAUACUGUGAGCAUGUUUUGUCGUCAAUUCCAGAUUUAUUGGUUUCUUCUCCACGCUACACAGAUACUUCAGGUGCUAAGAAUGAUGCUAUUUCUCUGGAAUUGCAUCUUGCCAACCGGCUUGAUCGGGAUACAAGUGGAGUAAUGGUUAUCACUAAGCGGCACAGAAUAGCAGGGAAGCUUGUGCAGGCGUUCACUGAUCGGAAAGUUAGGAAAACUUAUCUUGCCCUGUGCAUUGGACCUGCUCCAAAAUGGAGUGAAGUCUACAUUGAAUCUGGUCAUGGAAGAUCAAAGUUUGGUGCAUGGCGUGUGUAUUCUAGGAAAGAUGUUGGAAGGGUACUUCCAGAAGGUUGCGUUGUUCGAGAAAUGGCCACUCGCCUAAGAGUCUUAUCUGUAAAUGGAAACCAUAAAUUGCAACAUAUCGGUCAUGAAGAGUCACAAAAUUGUUUCAAUCAAUUUGCUUUUGACUCGACAGAAGGCCAGUUUAUUACAUUUGAAGGUGAUGAGUCAGCAGAUAGUGUGGAAAAUUUGGUUGUCUCAGAACAAAAUUCUGAGAACGUUGGACAGGUCUGUGAUUUUGUAAACUCACCAGAUAUUCUGAAAAGUGAUGAAGUGCUUGUACGGGCUUAUCCUCAAAGUGGAAGGACACAUCAGAUCCGACUGCAUUGCCAGUACUUGGGAUUGCCUAUUAGAGGGGAUGUAAAAUAUGAAGGACCCCAUGUCUGGAAGGGUAUAACUUAUGCCAGUCAUGCCUUGCAUGCAGAGUCUCUUUGUUUUGAGCAUCCAGUCACUCAGACAAUGGUUAAAUUGUAUGCUCCUCUUCCUCAAUGGGCGGUUGAAGCAUAUGGAUGCUCUUCUCUUAAGGGUAUUUGAUACUAAACCUAGCAUACGCAAGGUACCCCCCCUUUUCAAUAUAUUAGUUGUUUUCCUUGAUGUUUUUCUCCUUUCUUCUUUGGUUGAAAGAAAGGAGAAAAUUGUGGAAAAUUACUAUGAUUUGUUUCUUUUCUCGCUGUCUGAUUCUAGAUACACAACAACAGUGAAGAUGAUACGAUAAGCAAAUAUACGGUGCUUCUUAUUGCCUGAUGCAUCAUAAAUGCCUAGUUUAGAAACUAAAGAAGUAGACUUUUUGGUUGAGAACAAAAUUCUGGUAACAUUGAACAGGUCUGUGAUGAUAUAAAUACACCAGAUAUUAUGAAGAACAAUUAUGUGCUAGUAUAGGCUUAUCCUCAUAGUUGGGUUUGCCUAAUAGAAGGGAUGUGAAAUGUGAAAUGUGAAAUGUGAAGGACUCCAUGUCUAGAAGGGUAUAGCUUAUGUCAAUCACGCCUUGUAUGCAAUAUAUAUUUGUUUUGAGCA